GGUGAUGCGUAAAGCAAAGCGGAUCUCUCAGCACUGACAUGUGCAAUGGGUGAACACAAGGUUUCAAACAGUUUUUAAAAUCUUAGUAAGAUUUAUACACGAAAUGCGACUGACACGGAAACUGUGGACUAUCUGCACCAUAAGCAUUUUGCUGAUAUUUUAUAAGACGACUGAAAUAGGCAAAAGUGAACAUCAGGAAGCUGUAUUGUCUGGGAACUUUGAGUUAAGUGCUACAAGGCUGAUGGGUGUUGGUGAUCUGGUGAAUGGUGAAAAGUGGAAAAUUAAUGUCACUGUUGUGAACAUAAUAAGGAAGGACAUUCUUCGUUUCUUGGAUGCGGAGAGAGACGUGUCUGUUAUCAAGAGCAAUUUCAAACCAGGUGAUAUCAUCCACUAUGUUCUGGAAAGACGGAGAACAUUUAAUGUGACUCACACCCUACACAGUUUACUUCCUGAAGUUUCUCCGCUGAAGAACAAAAAGUUCAAAACAUGCGCUGUGGUGGGAAACUCUGGCAUUCUCCUCAAGAGCCGAUGCGGAAAGGAAAUAGACAACCAUGACUUUGUUAUCCGAUGUAAUCUCGCUCCUCUAGAAGAAUUUUCGGAUGAUGUGGGUUUAAAAUCAGACUUCACCACCAUGAACCCCUCAGUUAUUCAGCGGGUGUAUGGGGGCCUGCGUAAUAAAACGGCACAGGAACAUUUCAUACAGCGUUUACGCCAGCUCAAUGACAGCGUGCUUUGGAUCCCUGCCUUCAUGGUGAAGGGCAGCGAGAAGCACGUCGAGGGUGUGAAUGCACUCAUUCUUAAAAACAAACUGAAUGUCCGCACUGCUUAUCCCUCACUUCGUCUCAUCCACGCUGUGCGAGGAUACUGGCUCACGAACAAGAUUAAGAUCAAAAGACCGAGCACUGGAUUACUGAUGUACACCAUGUUUACACGCUUCUGUGACGAAAUCCACCUUUAUGGGUUUUGGCCUUUUCCCAAAGACGGCAACGGGAAUCCUGUUAAAUAUCAUUACUAUGACACGCUGAAAUAUCGCUAUUUCUCCAAUGCAGGUCCUCACCGUAUGCCACUGGAGUUCAGGACUCUGAGAACACUGCAUAACAAAGGUGCACUGAAACUGACCACAGCUAAAUGUGAACAACAUUAAAGUACAGAGUACGGACAUUUUGCACUCUAAUGCAAGCGUUUACACCGCGACCGGCAUAUGUUUUAAUUGUUUCCGAUGGAAGUGUGGCGCUUUUCAAAAAAGCCAACAGUUGGCGGGUUUUGUCCAGUUUUUGAAAAAUAUUUUAACUUGGGUGAAAAGCUCAGUUCGAUGAUCACAGUGGAGGAGGGAGUUUUAACAAACAUGCCUUACUAAAAACUUACUUGUGUGCAUUUUGAAGCAAAACAAAGGGCACUGAUGUAUUUUUAAGAUAUUUGUUUUCAGAUUUGACAGCUCUUACAUUUAUUUUAGUUUAGGUCUAGUCUAAUCCCUGUCCGGGAAACCGCCCCUUGGUGACCAAGCACUUGGGACUGAGCGUUUAUUUCACGCUACCUGUUGUCGUUUUUUAAAAGUGCUGCGCUUUCAUUUCAAACAACUGAGAAAACACGCAGGCUUUAAGAAAAACGGUUGGGUGUGUACACAGCCUGAUGCGUCUUCACUCAGCAUAUAAGAACAAAAUGAACUUUCACCAAAUGAAUGUUUAAAGCAUUUUGACACCUUUGAAAGGAAAUGGAGGGGUACCUUCAUACGGAAAUUUCACAAAGGAAGUUAAACCUAACUGUGAGAAUAAUGCUGACAUGUUCAUCUUGUUUCUGCGUUACAAAACAGGAUUUCCUUUUAAGGUACUGUCUACAUGUCUGUUUAAUAAGAAAAAUCCAGUUUUUUAAGUGUUUUAGGCAUCAUUUUUUAUUUAACGUGCAAUAUUUUACAUAUUGAGAAAUUAAUUGCAGAGUGAAUUAUGUCACAUUUGCAGAGAUUUGAUAUGUUGUAAUCCUUAUUUAAGAAUGUUUAAACGGCACCUAUUGUCCAGUUUUUAUAUUUCCUUUGGUGCGUAAGUGUGUAUUAGUACAUGUUAAUGAUAUGCAAAAGGUUCAUGACGCGAGUUAUCCUCUCCAACGUAAAUCUCUUUUCUUGGACUACAACAAACACACGGAUUAUAGGCAACAGUUUACUUCCUGGGAUUGGUGAUGUAGAGAAGAUGACAUUAUUAUCAUUCCUCCUUCUUGGACUCUGUAAGUUAACUCCUGUUAGCAUUGCAUUGUAACCGAAUCUUUCAAACAUGGUAAGGAGUGUCACAUUUCCGGCUGACGUCAGAGGUAUUCAGGCCAAUCACAACAUACACAUUAGCUGGCCAAUUAGGGACACAGAGCUUUUCAAAUCUGUGUGUUUCACGAAUAAAGUGAAAUCUGGAGCUACAAAAAUGUACAGCAUUUGGAAAAUGUUUUUUUUUUUACCAUAAACCACGCAAACAUAUUAUACCAAAUACACAAACGUUGUUUUUAGCAAUUAAAUAGGUGCCAUUUAAUACAAAUGAUCCCAAAGAUACGAUCAAAUGUUUUGUGAGUGGGACAUUUUCAAACUGUACUCUUUAUACUCUUUCAAUUUUAUUGCAAGUGUUUUUAUAUUGCAAGUGUGUGUGUGUUUUAGGUUAGUCCCUGUUAUGAUGCUGUUUUGUUAUUUAAACCUUUCUAAGCACUGUAUGUAUAAACUGAUAUGAUUGUGGUGUUUAUUUAUGAUUUUUCUGAAAUUUUGAAAUGUUUUCAGUGUUAUAUGUGUUUUACACAGAUGCCAAAUGUGUUUGUAGGGUGAUUGUACUGUGAUACUAUUUUUAUUGGAUUUCAUUUUGAUUUUUAUGCCAAAUGUCUGUGUAGAAAUAAAUUUCAAACAAAAGCAAAAAAAAAUAAUUUUUCACACACUUUGUUGUCUUU